GUCGUGUGGAGCUGCCUGCUGCCGGAUUCGCCCCAGUCGUUUGUCAACCGUUUGUCAGCGUUUGCCGUGUGCGCCGUGAGCGCUUGUUUUUUGCACAAGUCAGCAAGGAAAAAGAAUAUAAUACAAUCGUUUUGUGUGUAGAGAUAACCAUCAGAAGCCGUGAAUUGAGUCGAAUCUGAAGCUCAAUUGAACCAACAAAAAACAAGCAAAGCGAAACGCAAAAGAAAAGAACGAACGAAUCAAUUUUGCUAAAUUACUUUGUGCUCACAACUAAAUAGUCGAGUUCCGAGUCGAGUCGAGUCGCGUCACGUCUUGGGUGUGUUUCAAUUGGAAGAGCAUCAUCAUCAUUGUAGAAUUGAUAACAAUUAAAUACAACAAAAAUCAAAUAAAAAUGCAGUACAUCUAUGUGAUUAGUGCGCUGAUUCUGGCCAUUGCCGUGCAGCAAGGCUAUGCCAUCAAAUGCUUUGUCUGCAAUAGCCACAAAGAUGCCAACUGUGCACUGGACAUACCACCAGAGAAUUUGCUUAAGGACUGCGAUGAGCAGUACUCAUCUCGUGGCAAGGGAAUACCCACCUAUUGCCGCAAGAUCACACAGAUCAUUGAGUUCUCUGUGAACAGCCUGCCCCCAGAUAGCCGCGUGAUACGCACAUGCGGGUAUCAGAACCAGACCUCGACCAACUAUUGCUAUUCGCGUGCCGGCUUUGGUGGACGCCAGGUGGUCUGCUCCUGUGAUACGGACAAUUGCAAUGGCGCCGCCACGAUGAGUGCCUCCACAGUGGGUGUGGUGGCCAUGGUGGGUCUCCUGCUGGGCGGCUACCAGUGGCUGCAGCGUUAGGACGAAUGGCCGUGAAGGAGACGAGACGCAAGGAGCCGCCUCAGUUGUUUUUUUGGUUUGUUUUUCCGUUGAAUCAUCAUCCAGCCCAACGUUUUUUUGUUUUCCUAUUGUUGCUGACUCUUCUAAACUUCUGUGAAACCCGUUGCCACGCUUUACACCCUCAACCUCCCAUCAAGAUGGUCCACACGUAGAGCUGCCACAGAGCUUGCUCUGUCCCAGCAUGAUUUUUGUAACAUUUUUUAAAUGGAGAACCGUAAAAAGCUUUAUACGAAACAUUUAAUAAACGAGAAUUGCUUAAGUUGUAAAUGUAUAUAAAAAACAAAAAGAGAUCAUGUUACAUUUGGCCAAUAUAAUCGUUCAAAUCUAUUUUACACAGAACACAGAUACUCGUACGGAGUAUGAGUACGAGGAUGAGGAUGAAUUUUGAAACUAAAGUACGAGUAUAAUAAAUAAUAACGAUAACAAAACUAAAACCUACCGCAGUCAAAAAGUAUUUAAUGAAAUCCAAUUAAACCAAACGAAAUAAAAGUCAAAGGAGGCCCCC